ACCAAACCAGCAGCAUUUGGAAGUCAAACGGAACAGUGGCAGAGAGAGAUCUGUCUUUUUGAUGGAUGUCUUUAGCUAAUUUCUUUCUUCCAUCCUUAUCUUCUUCUUUAUUAUUUUGUGUCCUACCAGGGGAAAGAGGAGACAAUCUGUAAGGGUGAAGCACAGAGGGAAGCUUCUUCCCUCACCUACAGCUUACGUCCAGGCCAAGUUGGUGAUCCAAAAUUCUAUCCAUCCCUCUGCUUUUGAGUCCAAUAGAAAUGCAGUUUCCCAGAGAGCCCAUGCUUAUCAGAUCCAUGUAAGAACUUAUUCACUGCCACAAAGCUUAUUCACCUCCUUUUCCAUGAUAUAUGUGGCCUCUAAACAUGGGAAGUGUGUCAGUAGGUUCACCAAGCCUUGUCUGAAACUGCUUGUUUGUUCGGAAACGAAACUUAGUUCCUUUGUUUUUUUCUCAAGAAAAAGAAAGCCUGGUUUCUUUGUUCUUAUAAUAUUAGAUAUGUUGUUUGCUUUCUGUUGGGUUCUCUUCAUGAGAAAAGCAUGGUAGGUUUAACCUACAAAUCUGAGGUUGGUUUUGGUAACAUGAACGGAAAGAUGCGUGAAUUCUAGGUUUCUUUUUGCCUGUAUCGGGCAGUGACUCUGGUAGGCUGAGAUAGAAAUUAGAAUGGUCUAUUGAACUUUCUGUGGAAAAGGGCAGAGAGAGAGAGAGAUUUCCAAAUUCAAAAGUUAUAUUAGGUUGAACUGUUGUUUUAUAUUCAACCAAAGAACAUCAAAAGGUGGAUCCGAAUAUCUUGUGAACUAAUUAACAAAUCUAUCUCUCUUCUUGGUUUGGAUUCUCGGUUUUGGGAGGUUCUCUUCUUGGUUCCUCAAUACCUUGCGAAUUAAUUGACAAAUAUGUGGCGUGUUCGAGUUUUGUCCCAUCAGUCCCCAGUGCACAAGCUAGGUGAUUCCCAAAUGAAACUAUCACCCAAAUUUAGAUUGGCAAUUACUCCACCAUCUUCCUCAUCUCAGUCAUCUUGUGCACCAUCACAAUUGGAGGCAUCACUAGAAUUAGGCCCCCUCAUACCUGGCCUCCCUGAUGAUAUUGCCCUCAACUGUCUCCUCCGGCUGCCUGUCGAGGCCCAUCUGGCCUGCCGGCUAGUCUGCCGGCGAUGGCAUUGCCUGCUGGCCAACAAGGAGUGCUUCUUUAGCCAAAGGAAGGCUCUGCGCUUCCGCAGCCCUUGGCUGUUCACUUUAGCUUUCCACAGAUGCACUGGGAAGAUACAGUGGCAGGUAUUGGACCUCGCUCACUUCUCUUGGCACACCAUUCCAGCCAUGCCCUGUAAGGACCGGGUUUGCCCCCGUGGGUUCGGGUGCAUCGCCGUUCCGCAGGAUGGCACCCUCCUCGUCUGUGGAGGUUUGGUCUCUGACAUGGACUGCCCUCUCCGCUUGGUAUUGAAGUAUGAGAUUUAUAAGAAUCGAUGGACCGUUAUGAGUAGGAUGAUCACUGCCCGGUCGUUCUUUGCUGCCGGGGUGAUCGAUGGCAUGGUCUAUGUUGCUGGAGGGUACAGCAAAGACCAAUUUGAGCUCAAUUCAGCCGAGGUUCUUGAUCCCAUUAAGGGGACUUGGCAGCCUGUUGCAAGCAUGGGAAGGAACAUGGUCUCCUAUGACUCUGCAGUGCUGAAUGGGAGGCUUUAUGCGACCGAGGGCUGCGUUUGGCCAUUCUUGUCUUCACCGAGGGGGCAGGUCUAUGACCCGAAAGCUGACUCUUGGGAGGAUAUGGCUGUUGGAAUGAGGGAAGGCUGGACAGGGUCGAGUGUGGUUGUUGAUGGGCAUCUGUUUGUAAUCUCAGAGUACGAACGGAUGAGGGUGAAGGUCUAUGAUGUGGAGUCUGAUGCAUGGGACACCGUCGACAGCUCUCCCAUGCCCGAGAGGAUCCGCAAGCCUUUCUCUGUGAAUUCCGUUGGUCGUAUGAUCUUUAUUGUUGGCAGAGGCCUUGAUGUUGCAGUUGGACAUGUAGAGAAGAAGAAUUGCAGUGGUUUCGAUGGGAAGGCAAAGAAGCAGAGAUUCUCCAUCCAAUGGCAAGACAUAGAUGUGCCACAAGAAUUUGGGGUCUUGACAUCCUCCAGUGCUCAGGUUAUAUAUGCUUGAUCAUCUGUUCGUCAGUUUGGCACCGCUUAUGUUGCAUCAGAAAACUGAAAUGGCUUUAACGAAAUAAUUCUACAGUUUUAGCAUCUGUAAUUAGAUGGAAUGAUCCGUAAGAGCAGCUCUAGUAUUUUGUUUCCUAUGUGCACUUUGAUUGACCUCAUUGGACAUGCCAUGUAUCUUAUUGUGGUUGUGCUUUUUAGGUACUUCUAGUUCUCAUUGUUGGUAAG